UGACCUGCUGGUCUCCGUUGUACAGGCUAUUGCAAAUAUUGUUUCUUUAGCAUACAUGAGACAGAAUACUGAUCGGUUCAGAAGUACUUUCCCCUGUCUGACCCAUUGCAACUAAGUGACAGGGAUUUGUAAGUGUUUUACAACUGAAAGGGGCGGAUAUUCUACAUUUACAGUCUGAGCCUAAAUGGCGUCCAUUUCAACUCCAGUGAGAUCGACUUGCAGUUGAGCCUGUUAGCGAGCGCAUGCCAAAUGGCGUAGUGCAUGAGCAGAGAGGAAGUGGCGGGUGAAGCAGGUCCGCACCUUUUCCGGUAACACCACACGGCUGCGACUGAACGACUUGGGAGGAAGAGAGGCAAGAGCGGGGAGAAUCGACCUGGGAGAGGGGGGUUGCCGCAGUUGCAGGGAUUGAAGAGAGGGAGGACGGAAACUCGGAUGAAUCAAUGACCUUUUAAGUUUCUUAUUCGACCGCUCCUGUACCGAUACGAGGGUACACGAUUGAAUAAAGGAUUGGGACCAUGGACUCUUGAGAAGAAUACCGCUUCUGUAGUUCGCCUUGUGAAUAAGGGCGAGGGGGACAGCCGGCAGACAAGAAGGAAGUCGGAACUACCACGGGCUCUGAAAGGGCCUAUCAACAGAGCGCAGCUCUUUCAUUUUUUCUUAUUCUCUCUACAUUCCCCCCAAUUUUUUCGGCACAUUUCUUUGACCGGGGAAUGGAUGUUGCCUGUAUGGCUAUCGCGACUGUUGAAUGAAUUCGAUUCCCAUAACACGUCUCAUCGAAGGGGUUUGAAAGCUCACAGUCUAUCCACACCCACUCUGUACAUUUUGAAUUAAUUCUGGAGCACUUAAAUUCGUUUUAAAAGGGACAUUUGUGACACUGUUUCGGAACACGCUUUCUCCGGAAAUUGAAGAGACAGUAGGUCGAUCUCUUAUUAUUCCAUCGAGUUGUGUGGAGUUUUUUUUUUGACAGUAGAUUGCCAGGCUACAUAGAGCGUAGCGCUGCUACUGGGUGUCAAGAGCAACACGCAGUGACUGAUAUCUGACGAGGAUACGUUGUCACGUGGAGCGGGCAAGCUUAAGUUUGCAUGCAACAUUUAAGUAUAGCAUAAAAGCUAUUAAAGUAGCCCGUUUUCAGACACAUUACUCUAUCAGGGGAAACUCAGUAUUUUUUACUUUAGGAAUAGGAUAUUUAUGCACAGCCAACAAGAUGGGGAAAAUGCUCUCAAAAAUCUUUGGCAACAAGGAGAUGAGAAUAUUGAUGCUUGGACUUGAUGCUGCUGGCAAGACCACCAUCCUGUACAAACUGAAACUGGGACAGUCCGUCACCACCAUUCCCACGGUUGGCUUUAACGUGGAGACGGUCACCUACAAGAACGUGAAGUUCAACGUGUGGGACGUCGGAGGCCAGGACAAGAUCCGGCCGCUGUGGCGACACUACUACACCGGCACGCAGGGGCUCAUCUUCGUGGUGGACUGUGCGGACCGCGACCGCAUCGACGAGGCUCGCCAGGAGCUGCACCGCAUCAUCAACGACCGGGAGAUGCGAGACGCCAUCAUCCUGAUCUUCGCCAACAAGCAGGACCUGCCCGACGCCAUGAAGCCCCACGAGAUCCAGGAGAAGCUGGGCCUCACCCGCAUCAGAGACAGGAACUGGUACGUCCAGCCCUCCUGUGCCACCACCGGGGACGGACUCUACGAAGGCCUCACCUGGCUCACGUCAAACUACAAAUCUUAAUGUCACCAAACUGUCUUGAAUGCAAAAAAGGGGGAGAGAAGGAGAGCAUAAAUAUCACAUCCACAGGCAAUUAACGAAUAACAUGGCUUCUCCAAUCAGUGUAUAUCAAAGAGAAGUUUAAUUGUAUCCCCCCUCUCUUUGUUUAUUUUGUUCUUUUUCUUUUGGAUUCUGACAAGUCCCUAAUGGAAUUUACUUUAAUCAAUGACUGUUUUGGCUGGCUUUUAGUUUGCUUCUGGCUCUGUAGUCUUUCUAUCAGAAAUCUGUUAUUACUCACUGAAUCUAAAAUAUUCCAUAAAGUAUUAUUUUCAGAAGCAAUGAUUCAUAUUAUUGUUUUCCUAUGUUUUUAUUUUCUCUCCUUUGGGUUCAGUGGGUCUGUCACCUCCUAGGUUUGGCUUUGAUAUAGCCCUUUACUCUCUAGGCUGUUCUCACAUGGACCGGAGGGGACUUGGGAAUGGCCAGUCUUAUUUUUAGGUUUCAAUUAAUUUAGUCACUCAUAAUUAUCUUGGGAAAAAAAUCAACAGGCCACCCAUUCAUUCUCCUCACUGAUCAGUAUCUCUCUGUCUUACAAGAACGGGUGAGGAGAAAGCAGACAUGACGGCAGACACACGUGUAACUUGUUUGAUGUACUGAAUACACAUGUAUAAACCCAGGACAGACCUCCAUCCAUGUCAAACGGAUUCAUUGUGAAGGAUUGCAAUUAUUUUUCACGAUCCAAAUGUAUGGGUAGCUGUUACUGGCGUUGAUAUCUGCUGCAUUCUUUCAGGAGCUUCCAUUACAACUGAGUAUUUGUAGCUUCUGGGCCUCUGUGCGUGUGUGUGUGUGUGGACGCCCAGCCCACAGGUGUGUGAGUGUGUGAGUGUGUGUGUGUGUGUGUGGACACCCAGCCCACAGUCGGUCCUCCAUAGGAGAAGUGACACAAUGGUUUUGAUCACAAGAGGAAGAGAGUAUUAUUCAAAUGAGGGACUGGAGGGGGCUGGGGCUGGGGCGGCCGCAGGUGCCCGUUGACCAUGGCGAACACUGAAGCACUUCCUGGUGGACGCUCAGACGUCAGGAAGUGCAGAAUAAGCCCCAAACCCACGCCACCUGUCUCUGACCCUGCACCAGAUCCCCGACUAGUCUUUUUUUGACUACCUUAACAUCAGCUGUGUAGCUUGUGUCUUGCCAUCUGACAAAGCCUUUUUUUUUUUUCUCUCUCUUAUUAAAGCAUAGGCAAAUGCUUUUGUUUCUUUUUUUUUCCUUAUUUUGUCCAAUUUGCAAUGCUGAAGAAGAAAUAAUAAAAAGUAUAUCUGGAAAAAA